AUGAGCCAAUUCAAUAUUCAAUGCGUUUACUUCAAAGCAGGAUUUUGUAAAAAGGGUGAUUCGUGCCCUUUUCUACAUACAAACACUGGCUCCUCCUCGUCGUUUUCAAUAGGUUGCGGCGGUCACAAUAAUAACAGCCUCAGCAAUGCCAUAAAGAAAGAUUAUCAGUUUGUGGGUCACCCUCAAGUGUGUAAAUUUUUCAAUCGGCCUAGUGGGUGCGCACGUGGGACAGAAUGCAGCUUUUUGCAUGAACAUCCAGAAUUAUAUAAAAGUGAACCUACCUCAAAGGCGAUAGUAAUUGAUAAUGAAAAAGACGCAUUAUUCAUUACUACUCCUGCAGUUGAUAAUAAACGAGUAACAAAUCUUGAAGAAAUAUGCUAUAACGAAGUCACCGAUUCUGUUGAUAAUGAAAUAAGCUAUGAAGAUCCAGAACCUAUGGUAAUUGAUGACUUUGUGCCAAUUCCAGUCGAUGUCAGCGCAUUUAGAUCAAAAUAUCAGAUGGACGACUUGAUAUUUUUGGGAGAAGAAAGUUUAGGAAAG